AUGGGUCAAGCUGCAGGAAAGUUGAGCAAGGAUGAGAUUCAAUCAUUGUCCACACAGUCAUCAUUCUCAAAGAAUGAGAUCGGUGACCUCUUUGCUGAGUUCAAGAAGCAUGAUAUCGAUGGCAAUGGUGCCCUCGACAGAAAUGAGUUCAUCUCUUUCUUCAAGACUCGUUUGCCAAAGCAGUCUGCUGCUCAGUUGAACAAUCUGUUUGAUGCCUUUGACACUGAUGGAAGCGGAUCCAUUGACUUCAAGGAGUUGGUCAUCUCCCUCUCAAUCAUUGGAAAGGGUACACCAGAGGAGAAGUUGGGCUUCAUGUUUGAUAUUUAUGACAAGGACAAGAGUGGAACUCUGGAGAAGGGUGAGAUUGAUGAGUUGACCAGGACAAUGGUCUCUGUUGGAAAGGCAAUGGGCAAGGGUGACAAGGAUAUCACUGUUUUUGUUGAGAAGCUCAUCCAAAAGAUCGAUGUUGACAAGAGCACCACCAUCACUCGUUCCGAGUGGAUCACCCAGGGCUCCAGGAGUCCAUCCGUCAUCACCCUGCUUGGUAUCUAA